GCACAGUUAGGAAUAUCAACUGAUCCAUACUUUCUAAACAAAAUGUUCAAGUGGCUUCUUUUUGUUACCCUGAUUGCCUUUGUGGCUGCUGAUGAUGGGGAUGUUCACGCCGAGGUCAAGUCAUGGAAGAACGAUGUACGCCAUGAUGGUUUCGAUUACAAUUUGGAAACUUCCAAUCACAUUUCAGAACAAGCUUCCGGUGAUGAACACGGCAACAUUCAUGGAUCUUUCGAAUUCUUAACUCCCGAAGGUGAACACAUCAAGGUCAACUAUGUAGCUGAUGAACAUGGUUAUCAUCCCGAAAGUGAUGUUUUGCCCAAACCCCAUCCCAUACCAGAAGCUAUCCUAAAGUCCAUUGAAUACAUUAAGGCUCAUCCUUCCAAGGAAGAUAGUCAUCAUUAAUUUGGUCAGAUGAGUACCUUCUAAAGAUCAAGACUUUAAAUAGUGUAUAAAGGAUUUUGCUUAGGAAUAUGCAUAUUUGUUAAAUAAAAUGCGUUUCACAAAC